AUGCCCGGGUCAUUCUCCGCCAGCGAGUUCGCCAUUGGCUUCAUCGCCGGAUGUCUGACCGUCAUUGUCCUGCUGGCCCUCGUGGCUUUUUCGCUCACGCGGGCUGGCGACAUUUACGGCCUGGGCCAUUGGAAGCUCAACUUGAGGACCCCGUUUCCAUCCAUGUGGAUGAACCUGGGCUUCUGGACUCGAGAUGAUGGCAAACCCAUUCAGCACUUUGACGAGGCUGCGCGAAACAUGCUCGAGAAGCUCUUACAGGCCGCAGGUCUCAUGUCCACCUCAAAGACGCAACACUCCGUCGCCGUCCUGGACGUGGGCUUCGGAUGCGGAGACCAGACGGUUGCAAUCGCCGAGCUCCUCCACGCUUCAUCACGGCCUCAGUUCCGCUACGUCGGACUCACCUUGAACGCCGUGCAGCUCCAAGCAGCGCAACAACGUCUCGACGCCGCACUCGCUAUCCCAGAAGGCGGAAGCAGCAGCGCACUCGGCCUCCCCGAAAGCUCCUUCAAGCUAUUCCAGGCAGACGCAGCCAAGCCCGAGUCCUGGAGCCACGCCGUUUGCGCAUCCGUCGACGGCUUAGCAGACGAGGCUUUCCGCGAGCGCUGGCUCAUGGGCUUGGACUGCCUGUACCACUUCUCGCCGUCUAGGAAGCCCAUCUUCAAGCGUGCUUCUCAGACGCUAAACGCAAACGUCAUGGCCUUUGACCUGGUCCUCAGCGACACGGCAUCUGCGUGGCAAGUCCUGGCCGUCAGGCUCUUGGGCUUCAUCCUGCUGUGUCCAUGGCGGACGUUCUUGACCGAGGAGCAAUACCGGGACCAGCUCGUCGAGUGCGGCUACGACAGGGCGUGCGUUGAGAUUCGGGAUAUUUCUGACCAUGUGUUUGGCGGGUUGGCGGGCCACUUACGGAAACAAGACGCUGCUUUGAGCCCGUACGGUGUCUCGUUGUCGGGGUACACGAUGGUAGGGAGGAUAUAUGAGUGGUUUGAUCGGACGAGGGUGUUGAAGGCUGCGAUUGUGGUUGGAAGGUUAAAGAGCAAAAGCCAGUAG